CCGGCCGCUGUCACUCCACCCCCGUCCCCGCCUCCCGGCUCCGCUGGGGUCACCGAGCCGAAGCGCCGCCACAGCCGGCAGGAUCCCGAGCCCGUAGGGCCGGGCGGGGAGUCUUCCGACGGGAGCGGGGCCCGGCGGUGGCCGUGGCUGCGGAAGAUGGUGUUCGAGUCGGUGGUCGUAGACGUACUGAACCGGUUCCUAGGGGACUACGUGGUCAACCUGGACAGUUCCCAGCUUACUCUGGGCAUCUGGGGAGGCGCUGUAUCACUUAAGAACCUUGAAAUUAAAGAAAAUGCUUUGAGUCAGUUGGAUGUGCCUUUUAAAGUUAAAGCUGGACAUAUACACAAACUUAACCUGGCAAUUCCAUGGACAAACCUUUAUACUCAACCAGUUGAGGCAGUUUUGGAAGGAAUUUAUUUGCUCAUUGUGCCUACAGCCAGCAUAAAAUAUGAUGCUGAAAAAGAAGAGAAACAAAUCCAAGAAGCAAGGCAAAGGGAACUAAGUAGAAUAGAAGCAGCAAAACAGAAAAUGGCUGAUAAAGAAAAUCCACAAGAGAAACAGGAUACUUUUUUAGAAAAAUUAGUCACUCAAAUCAUCAAAAAUCUUCAUGUGAAGAUCUCCAGCAUUCACAUCCGCUAUGAAGAUGAUGUUACCAAUCAUGAAAAUCCACUGUCAUUUGGAAUUUCCCUGGAAAAUCUCAGUUUGCAGACAGCAGAUCAGAACUGGAAUCCAUGUUUACAUGAUGAAGCUGCCAAGUUGUUCUUUAAGCUCAUUCGACUGGAUAACUUUUUUGCCUAUUGGAAUGUAAAGUCCCCGUUGUUUUACCAUGGUGAUUAUCAUAAUUCUUUGAAAUUGUUAGAGGGUGGCAUUGCCAGCAGAAACGUGACUCCAGAAGGCUAUGAUUUUGUAUUUCGUCCUAUAUCAGCCAAAGCCAAACUUAGAAUGAAUCCUCGAGCUGAGUCUGAUUUUUCUUCACCAAAGAUGGAUUUGGAUGUUAAACUAGAUGAUAUAACCAUUGAAUUGAAUAAGUUACAGUACUUCAGUGUCAUGGAGCUCCUUGAAUCUAUUGAUAUGAUGACUCAAAAUCUACCGUAUAGGAAAUACAGACCUGAUGUACCCGUGCACAAUCAUGCCAAGAAAUGGUGGGGAUAUGCCAUAAAAGGUAUUCUUGAAGUAAAUAUCCGGCCUUCCAUGCGCAUGUGGUCGUGGAAGUACAUUCAACAGCACCGACAAAAAGUGAAGAGGUACAAACACCUGUAUAAGAAAAAGAUAUCAAGCAAGAAGCCAGGAGGAGAAAUUCUAAUCCCUUUGGAGGAAUUUGAAAAGACUUUGGAUGUCUUCAACAUUACUUUGGCAAGGCAGCAAGCAGAAGUUGAGGUAAAGAAAUCUGGAUUCAGGGUACACAAACUUGUUUCAGAAUAUUCAGAUGAAAAUUCCAGAGGCUGGUUCAGUUGGAUAUGGGAUUGGACAGGUCCUUCUGAGGCGAGACCAGAAGUUAGAACUGGAAGUCUUGAGGAAUUGAUGACACCUGAAGAAAAGGCUAAAUUAUAUGCAGCAAUUGGGUAUAGUGAAACAGCUGUUGAUCCUUCAUUGCCAAAAUCAUACGAAUCCAUGAAGUUAGUUGUCACCUUGCAAAGCAUGUCCAUUUGUAUACGGGAAAAGCAGAACAAACCUGAGUUGAUAAGAUUUGUACUAGGAGAAAUGAACACGGAAAUAGUACAGCGGCCGGGAGCCCAAUCAAUCAGAUUUGGAGCCAUAAUUGACUCAUUUAAAGUUAUUGGCCAGUCAAAUAAAAAUGAAUGCCCACUUCUUUCUUCAAUGGGAGAAUCGUCUUCCCUCUUGACAAUUUUUUUUGAGACCAAUCCGUUAGAUGGAACCUGUGAUCAGAAGUGUAGAGUGGAAGCUCAGCCUAUGGAAAUUAUAUAUGAUGCAAUGACAGUGAACAGUUUAAUAGAAUUUUUCCGACCCCCGAAAAAAGUACAUUUGUCCCAGUUAACUUCAGUGACUCUGAUGAAACUUGAAGAAUUUCGUGAGAAGACUGCAGCAGGAGUGUUGUACGUCAUUGAAACUCAGAAAGUUCUUGAUCUCAAAAUUGAUUUGAAGGCUUCAUACAUUAUCAUCCCACAGCAUGGCUCCUUAAAUCAAGAGUCAUCAAAUAUACUUCUUUUGGAUCUUGGUCAUCUAAAGAUGAUUAGCAAAAGUCGCUCCGAAUUGCAAGACAUCCGAGCAGGCUGGGCCAGUAUUGAAGAUAUCAUGUCUAGAGCUUAUGAUACUUUUGACAUUCAGCUGAGUAGCAUACAGCUACUUUAUAGCAGAGUCGGUGAAAACUGGAAGGAGGCUCGAAAGCUCACCCAUUCUUCUCAGCAUAUCUUGGAUCCUAUGCACCUCAAGGUGGAAUUCUGCAAGGCCAUGAUUGUCACUGAUGCGAGAAUGCCCAAAUUCAAACUUUGUGGACAGCUGCCUCUGCUUUCUCUGCGAAUCUCAGACAAAAAAUUGAGGGGGAUUUUGGAAUUAAUUGAAAGUAUUCCAAGAUUCUCAAGCCCUCCUGAUCCUUCUACCCAGUCAAGACCUUCUCAAGUUCAAAUGACCCUUCCACUUGCAACAGCACAGGUAUCCCAGAGAGGACUUCCUUGCUUGGAACUUUCUAAAAUUCUGGAAUCUGAUGAGGAGGAAUUUUUCGAUGCACCAACCAGUCCAGUGAGUGAGUCACCGAACAGUGAGGCCCGUCCUUUGUUCCCCACCCAGAAAUGCGGUAUAAGUCAUGGAAAAUUUCAGAGGAGAGAGUCCUUGAAGAACCUCACUGAAUUUAAAAUAAGAUUUGAGUUACCUGAGGUUAUAAUUCAGUUGUGUCAAUUUACCACAGAAGACUUUGAACAGCCUGUGAUGGAGCUGAAUAUCAUUGGAUUAGGCACAGAAGUUCAAUUUAAAACAUUUGAUAUGAGCAUAUCUGCAUUUCUGAAGGAAAUCUGCCUAAAAUGUCCAGAGUACCUGGAUGAAGAAAACAAGACAAUUUAUAUCAUUACAACAUUAGACAACACCAUAGAUGAUCUGCUGACAAUGGAAUAUGUGAAAACCGAUAUUUGUGGAGCUAGACAUGCCUCAGCCUAUAGUAAUAUUGAACAGAAGUUAAAGGUUAAUUUCUCCUCCUUGGAUGUACAUUUGCACACUGAAGCACUACUUAGUACCAUGAAUUAUUUAAGUAAUCUCCUUCCACAAGUGGAAAAAAAGCCAUCCAUGGAAGAUCAAACACUAGAAAGUGCAGAGAAAACGGAAGUACUUAAAAAAAUAGCAUCAAAAAAGCACAAGCAUGAGGAUAUCAUACAUUUUCAGGUUUUUGCAGAACUGGAAAGUUUACGUUUCUUUAUUCGAGAGCAAAAGCGCAAAAUUUCUGAAAUUAGGAUUGAAGGGCUUGAUGCACAGGUGAUUAUGAGACAGUCAGCAACUGAAAUAAAAGCAAAACUAAAGAACAUCACUAUCUUGGAUUCUGAUGAAAUGGCUGUAUAUAAGAAGGCUGUUUUUAUCACUGGGAGAGAAGUCUUCACCUUUCACCUGAUUUCGUAUGUGGGUGCUACUGCUGGUGCUGCAUAUACAAAUAUGAACAUAGUUGACAGUCACAUUUAUUUAACUGUUGGUUGCAUUCAAGUGGUUUUUGUCAACAAAUUUCUUUCUUCCGUGUUGGCUUUUGUUGACAACUUUCAAGCUGCUAAGGAAGCAGUGACAGAAGCAACUGUUCAGGCAGCGGGAAAAGCCGCCACAGGGGUGAAGGAACUGGCCCAGAGAAGUUACCGGAUGGCAUUAGAUAUCAAUGUCAAGGCACCCAUUGUGGUCAUUCCACAGUCACCAGUGUCCCAAAAUGUUCUGGUGGUUGAUUUUGGUCUGAUCACAAUAAAGAACAAAUUCUACAUGAUGUCGAAGAUGAAGUAUAACCCUCCGCCUGUUAUUGAUUCUAUAACGAUAAAACUGAGUGAAAUGAAACUUUACAGGUCCCAAUUUAUAAGCAAUUCAUUGCAGGAAGUACUUGAGCUACUGCAGCCCUUAAAUCUAGAAGUUAAUGUUGAGCGAAACUUAUCUUCUGAGUGGUAUCAUGAUGUUCCAGACAUUAAAAUAACUGGGAACCUUAAACCUAUGCAGUUAAUUCUCAGCCAAGAAGACAUAACUACUGUCUUAAGGACACUGCGUGAAAACGUUUGGGACAGUUAUAUUGAGGAUGACCCUUCAUCUGUAUUCAAAAAUCAAGCUAGCCAUACUGGUUUUGCUAAGAAUGUCUCCCAACUGUCAAGAACGACUGUAGUGACAGCUGCUGUAGUGGAAGUUCAUCCAAAACAGGAAAAGAUUAAGACUACACUGAGCAUGAACUUCAGGAUUGACUCCCUCACCCUGAUACUGUAUAGUGGAACUACUGAAGAGUUUUUCCCUUUACAAAAGCGGAAUUCUUUACUGAUAGUUGCAGAAUUUAAAUUGGAUAAGAUUUUAUCCACUGUCCGCCUCUCGACAGACAGCUCGAUAUUUGCUGCAUUUACUUUAAAAAAUUGUGGUUUGGAAGAUAAACGGGUGCAUGUGCAGAAGGCAACACCGAGAAUGAUGGGAAUGACGAUUGGGUAUGAAACAAAAGACAUGGUUGACGUAACUUACAAACAUAGCAGAGAUGGAGCUCUCAUCGAUGCAGUUAUUCAAGAAAUAUAUCUCUGUGCUAGUGUGGAAUUUCUGCAGGCUGUUGCAGAUAUAUUUUUGCAGGCCAAUGAGAAAAGCGCUGCUGCACGGAAACUCAUACAAGCCUUGCCCACUAAAGAACAAGGGUCUAUUCAGGUGGUCCCGAAGCUUGAUAUUAAUGUUAUGGUUCGAAAUCCUGAAAUCGUAUUUGUGGCUGAUUUAACCAGAAGUGACGCUCCUUCGUUAGUAGUUACUACACAGUGUGAGCUCUCCGUGAGAAACACUCCAGAAGCGCAUAAAAUUACUGCUAUCAUUAAAGAUCUUCAAGUACAAGCUUGUCCGUUUCUUCGAGGAAAAAGAGAUGGCAACAUCACUACUGUUUUGCAGCCCUGUGACUUUUUUUUCCAAAAUAUUCAGGCAGGUACCGAUCCACAAGUGAUUGAUAUGUCUAUAAAGUCCUUGACUUUAAAGGUUUCACCAAUCAUCAUAAAUACGGUGAUUACCAUUACAGAAGCCCUUUACCCAGAUUCUGACACUUUAGAGAAAGCGGCAAGUUCAACUCGAGUAGAUUUAUGGGAAAAGGUGGAUACAAAGAAACUGAAAAUGUGGUUUCUGGAGGAGUCAAACGAAAGUGACGUGGCUGAAACUGAACCUGAAUUGAUUCCCAGAGGAGAGAUGAUGAAAGUGUCCAUUGAGUCUAUUUUCAUAGUUCUUGAAGCUGGAAUCGGUCAUAGAACUGUGCCUAUGCUUCUGGCUAAGUCAUCUUUAUUGGGACAAGCCAAAAACUUUCUUAGUCUGAUCCACCUCCACUGUCAACUUCAACUAGAAGUGCAUUACUUCAAUGAGAUGUUUGGUGUAUGGGAACCUCUGCUUGAACCUGUAGAAAUUGAAGAUACUGAAGAUUUCAGGCCAUGGAAUCUUGGAAUCAAGAUGAAGAAGAAAUCUAAAAGGGCAAUUGUUGAAUCAGAUUCUGAGGAAGAAAACUACAAGGUGCCAGAAUAUAAGACGUGCAUUACUUUUUUUUCAAAGGACCAACUGAACAUAACUUUAUCUAAAUGUGGCCUUAUAAUGAUGAAUAAUUUAGGCCAGGCAUUUGCAAACGCCGCCAGUGGAUCUAAAGAUAUUUACACCAAAGAUCAGGCCCCAUUUAUAAUUAUAAAUUCUCUGGGACUCGCCAUCUCGAUCUCGACAAGUGAUAACUUUCAAAUUGUUAGUGCACCUAGAGUGAAAGCAUUCGAAUUGAAAAACGAGGAGACUUUAAAUCUGGAUUAUGUCAGAACUAAUGACAACGAUCUGUUCACCGCAAUGACCAGUUUAAGCAGCAAACUCUUCUUCAUUCUGAUCACUCCUCAUAACCACUCUACAGCUGACAAAAUUCCACUAACCAAAGUAGGUAGAUUUCUCUACACCGUCAGACACAGAGAGUCUGGAGUUGAACGAUCUGUUGUUUGCCAAAUUGACACAGUGGAAGAGAGUAAAAUGGUGACAAUACGCUCCCCUUUACAGAUUAGAAAUCACUUUUCAAUUCCACUGAAUAUUUUUGAAGAGGCCACAUUACUUGGAACUGCUUUACCAGACAACGAAUUUAAUAUUCCAUUGACGGCUUACCGAUCAGUACUGUUUUUGAAACCUAGUGGUGAGAAUUAUAACCUGUGUGAAGCAAUUACCUUUGAAGAAAUUAUAAAUAAUUCUGGAGUCCUCAUACAGAAGAGAUGUCAAAUUCUGCAUGAAGAAAACACAUCAUUUAUCCUUAAUGUUGUUGCAGUAGAAGAUAGCUUAUCCUCACGUUCAGUGUAUUCUAAUGAUGGAUGGGAUUUACCCUAUGUGAUCCAUUUGUGGCCUCCCAUUCUUCUCCGCAACCUCUUGCCUUAUGAAAUGGUUUACUCUGUUGAGGGAUCUGGUCAUGAUCUUCUAACUCUAGAGGAGGGCUGUUCAGCCCAACUUUAUACUGCAGAGCUGGAUAAAGCCAGGAUACACUUGGAGUUACUUGACUAUCUUGAUCGUGAUUGGAAAAGCAACUACGAUGUAAAGUCCGAGCAAAGCGACAUUAGCUUCAUCACCUUCACCAGCGUCACUGAGCUAGAAGUGGCAGAAUUGGACAUCGCCAUCCAUAUAACCUACAACACUGGGCAGACAGUCAUUGCCUUUCACAGCCCUUAUUGGAUGGUGAAUAAAACGGGCCGAUUACUGCAGUACAAAGCUGAUGGCAUUCACCGGAAACACCCCCCUGAUUACAGGAAGCCAGUUCUUUUUUCUUUUCAACCUAAGAACUUUUUCAAUAAUAACAAGGUGCAGCUUUUGGUCACAGACAGUGAUUUGUCAGAUCAAUUUUCAAUUGACACAGUUGGCAGUCACGGAUCUGUUAAAUGUAAAAAACAGAAGAUAGAAUACCAAGUUGGUAUCACCAUAGACCUCAGUAGUUUCAACCUUACGAGAAUUGUAACGUUCACCCCUUUCUUUAUGAUCACAAACAAAAGUAAAUAUCAGGUAAAGGUGUCUGAAGAGGGCAGUGGAAAAUGGAUUGCUGUUGACUUGGAGCAGUGCAUCCCCUUCUGGCCUGACAGUGCUGCCAACAAAUUGCUUAUUCAAGUUGAAAAUAGUGAAGGACUCAUAAAGAAAUUGAAUUUUACUAAACAGGAAAAUUGUAUUCUAUUACACCUGGGCAGCAAGCUUGGCGGCAUUAUUGUGGAUGUUAACGUGGCCGAGCACUCUACUGUAAUUACUUUUACAGAUUACCAUGAUGGAGCAGCACCGUUCCUCAUAAUAAAUCACACCAACAAUGAGGUGAUUGAAUAUAGGCAGAGUUCUCGCAGUGAGUUGGAAGAUUGUCUCCCCCCCGGCAAAGCGACGUUUUACACUUGGGCCGAUCCAGUGGGCUCUCGGAAACUGUACUGGAAAUGUGGAAAGAGCCAUGGUGAAGUAACCCAGAAGGAUGAUAUGAUGUCUCCUAUAAAUAUGGGCGACAAAAAGACCAUUUAUUUAGUGUCAUUCUUCGAAGGCUUACAGCGCAUUGUUCUUUUCACUGAAGAUCCUAAAGUCUUUAAAGUGGCAUAUGACAGUGAAAAAGCAGAGAUAGCGGAGCAAGAAAUUGUAGUAGCGUUACAAAAUGUUGGGAUUUCUCUGGUCAAUAACUAUACGAAGCAAGAAGUGGCCUAUAUUGGCAUCACAAGCUCGGACAUCAUUUGGGAGAGUAAGCCCAAGAAGAAAUCGAGAUGGAAGCCAUUGAGUGUAAAACAAACUGAGAAGCUGGAAAAAGAGUUUAGGGAUUACACCGAGCCGUCACCUUCUGAGGACAAGAUCAUUGAGUUGGAAUCAAAUAUUCCGGUUUAUUUAACACCUAGUGGCAGUAACAUGAAAAUUCUCCGGCCAAAUGUUAUACCACUAAGAAGAAACUACCUACCAGCCAUAAAAGUGGAAUAUAGUACUUCUGAACAUCAAAAAGCCUUCAGGGUGCAAAUUUAUAGGAUACAGAUUCAAAACCAGAUAAAUGGAGCUGUCUUUCCCUUUGUGUUUUUUCCUGUUAAACCUCCAAAGUCGAUUGCCCUGGAUUCAGCUCCCAGGCCAUUUGCAGAGGUCAGUAUUGUCAUGAGAUCUGCGGGACAUUCCAAAAUUGCACGUAUUAAAUACUUCAAAGUGUUGAUCCAAGAAAUGGAUCUCAGAUUAGACCUUGGCUUUCUCUUUGCUCUGGCUGACCUUUUUACACAAGCUGAGGUGACUGAAAAACUCGAGGUUGAGCUUUUCAAGAAGGACAUUGAGUUUUUCCAAGAAGAAUUCAAGACAGUCCAGUUAACAGACACCUCACAAGUCAGUCUGUAUGAAUACUUUCAUAUCUCUCCUAUCAAGUUGCAUUUCAGUGUUUCCUUCAGGUUGGGUGGAGAGGAAACCAUCAAAGAUGAAAGGCAGGAAAGACUGAUACCAGUGAAUUCUGUGAACAUCCUGUUGAAGAGUAUUGGUGCAACUCUUACAGACGUACAAGAUGUGGUGUUCAAGCUGGCUUACUUUGAACUCAACUAUCAGUUCCACACUAGGCCCCAAUUACAGUAUGAGGUUAUAAAGCACUACUCAAAACAGGCCAUUAGACAAAUGUAUGUCCUUCUUCUUGGGCUCGAAGUAUUAGGAAAUCCAUAUGGGUUAUUUAGAGAUUUCUCCGAAGGAGUGGAAGCAUUUUUCUAUGAGCCAUAUCAGGGAGCCAUCCAGGGUCCUGAAGAAUUUAUAGAGGGAAUGGCAAUAGGACUUAAGGCUCUAGUUGGGGGAGCUGUUGGCGGUCUUGCUGGUGCUGCAUCGAGAAUCACUAGUGCAAUGGCCAAAGGAGUAGCAGCAAUAACGAUGGACGAAGACUACCAACAGAGGAGGCGAGAAAACAUGAAUACAAAACCAGCUGGCAUCAGAGAAGGCAUCACUCGAGGAGGAAAAGGCUUAGUAACUGGCUUUGUAAGUGGGAUAACGGGAAUAGUGACAAAACCCAUCAAAGGAGCCCAGAAAGGAGGAGCAUCUGGUUUCUUCAAAGGUGUUGGAAAAGGCUUAGUAGGAGCAGUGGCGAGGCCGACUGGAGGACUUAUAGACAUGGCGAGUAGCACCUUUCAGGGUAUUAAAAGAGCUACAGAAAGUUAUGACGAUGUGGAGAGUCUACGACCUCCUAGAUUCCUUGAUGAGGAUGGAGUUAUCAGACCAUUCAGGCUCAGAGAUGGUACUGGAAAUCAGAUAUUACAGAAAAUGGAAGAUGGAAGAUAUUCCAAUCUUAGAUACUUUACACAUUCCAUGGUCAAUAGUACAGAUUUAUUCAUGAUAACCAAAACCGGCGUGCUGUUUGUGACUGAAGGAUUGUUCGGGCAGCUGACUUGUGAGUGGCAGUACAGUUUUGAGGAGUUUACCAAAGAGCCUUUCAUUAUCCAAGACAGAAGAUUACGCAUCGAGGCCAAGGAACGAAUCAAGUCUGUAUUUCAUGCCAAAGAGCUUGGAAAAAUAGUUAAUUUCAAGACUUCAGAUGAUGCAAAGUGGAUCCUCGGCAAGCUUGAUGAAGUGAGAGAGCUUCGGUCCCAAUUGUAACCAUUGACUGGUGGUGCUGGACUCUGGAGCACGUGGAAUCCACAAUGAAUGCUUAGCUGCUGCUUUCUGCUGCUAGUUUGCUUGUCAAAGGUACACCUUUGACUGUAAAAAUAGCAUCACGUACCCUUAAAUUUGAUGGUCGCCGCCCACUGGGACAAUCAGUCAGGUAGAAUAGCCACGUAAUCCAAAUACUCAGCCAUUUUGCACCCAGUUGGGUUUUUUUAAAAGAUGAACCUAAGUAGGUACAUCCUUUGUGAAUAAAUACAAAAGAUAAAGAUACCCUUCCUCUAGAAGAAUCCAGAAAGUCAGUGUUGGAACCAGCCUCCUCUAUGCCAAGGAAUACUGGAGAUGUUCGUCAAGGGUCCACUCCUGCCGGAAGCGGAAGGCUCGUCCAGGGACGAAGCCAGGGUCCUUCCAUCAGCCCUACCGGUGCGGGGGGAGCCCGGCGACUCUUUGUGCUUCUUUUUAACUAACAGAACUUCCGGGUUGAUUUUCUUUACUUUCGUUAUCAAUGGCAAGCUCAAAUCACGGGGAAGUGAGGUAUCACGACGGUCUGUACUUACUAUUUUUAUUAAGGGAACCCACUGAUGCCUCAACUCAAGAUGGAAAUAAAUGAAUGAGAAAUGUGUCGCUUGUGAAGAUGAGCAAAAUGGUUGGCUUCCCCAGGAAUGACGAGGAGCUCUGACAGUGGUGGAGCCACACUAGAACUGUCCUCACGUAAAAUCACUGGGUCCUGUGCUUUGGGUUGAUCUCAAUCAUGUUUUUAAUGGAAGUCCAACUUGUACAUAUAACUUCUAGAAGCCUUACAGAUGCACUGUUCCCACUUUACUCCAGAGACUGGGAAUGCGGAAGUGAUUGGGAAUGCAGAGGUGAUCGUUAAUGCGGAGGGUGCCAAGCAUGUGCCCCAAGACACAGAGCCAAUUGCAGUGGGUAGAAAAGUAGAUGGUUUUUAUUGGAAGUCAUUAUUCAAGUGGAACUCGUCCCAGUCUCCUAGACUAGACUACUUCAGGGUUGCCUCUCCAAACUCGUGAUGAGCUGAAAAAGAUGAUUUGGACUCAGUACUUGAAAAGAACCUGCAGUAAUUUGUUUUUAGUUCUUGGCCUCCCUCUAGAGAUUUUGCACCCUCGUCCACUGCAGGAGCGACAGAGGGAUGGGGUACAUGGACAAGCAAGGGGAAACGUGAAAGGGAAUUAUAAUAAUGCUUGGUGUCGAUGAAUUGAUUGCACAUUUAGUUGUUGAUGAGGAUGGGAUAUCUCUGGAUGCAUGCUGUUCUUGUCUGCUGCUUAAAGAGUCCUUCCCCAAGGCCACUGGAACGUGUAGAGUCAGUGGCUGUAAACUUCUCCUCGAGCUCUGAAAACCCUUGCUGUGUUGUAAAAGUUAAAAGUAAAUGGCAUGCCAAGCUGUUGGUGUAACUUACUUUCUUUCCCUCUUUCUUUGAUCUGGGUGAACCAAUCUAUUGUGCUGCUGCUUGGUGGUUGAUAGGGAAUGUCUUUAUGUGUGCCAGGAUGAAUGGCAAUCGGGUCGAGGGAUGACACCGAGGUCCAAGCCCCGACUGCGAAUGGGGGUUGCUUCAGUUCCGGGAGCAGCCUCCCCCUGGGCCCCAGGCUGCUGCUUCUUGCCUGUGGGGCACAGAGCCCACAUUCCCUCAGCCUACCUGAAGCAGGAGGAGUCUGAAACCGGCCCUGGGCGCUAGUUAGUGAAGAGGCCUUGGGGAGUGCCUGACUAUUGCCCCUCCCCACCUUCUGGAGCUGGACUGUCUCACUCCCGGAGCGUCUUUUCUGGCGGGAAGGAAGUACACCCAGCUCGCCAGGACCCGGAGAAGAGAGGUGUGGGAAGCGUCACCGAGUGUUCCCGUGCCUGGCUCAAAGCCAGGCAGGAGCCGCCUGUCAACUCGCCCCCCUCCCCUGCUCUUCACCGUCAGCUGAUGGUUGCACAUCCCAGUAGGUGGCCACGGUGAUGACCUCUGUGGAGUAACCAUCUGAGGCACCAAAGCAAAUGAUCAAUUGGGAACCCAAAGCCAUGGGGCACCCUUAGAUCAGCAGAUAUUAUGAAAUGAUCUAAUCUGUAUGGUUGAGGACUUCUUUCUUUUGAGGAUUGUAAGUCUUCUUGUGUGUUUGGUUUCCUUUGGAUAGCCUAGUUAAUGGUGCCUUCGCAUCUGGGCUGCCCUGAAGUAAUAUCCCAUCAGAAGAUGUGCUCCUCCAUUGACCCCCAUUGCCAGCACAGAGGUGGCUGGACUAGGUGAAGGUGCUUAAUGGUCUUUUCGGGUGUCCUACUGAGCAGCCCAUAGAGGUUGCUCCUCUUCUCUCCCCUAAACGUCAGAAUCUCAUUUCUGUUCAGCUGGAAGCUGGACCUUUAUUGCACUUUGCUCAGGGCAGCUUCCGGCAGGCCCUUCAGAGGUGCUCUGGGGGAAGAGUGGACAGACAUUGGUUCAGUUGGGUGUCACUGUUGUGGCGGUGCAGUGUCCCAAGAAUGGGUUUACUUCCACUCAGGAUCAGUUCCUGGACUGAGGCCCUGCUUCUGCCUACAAAUCGUAGAUAAGCAGGCAAGGGGAAAGGGAAUGUUUUGUGAUACCAUGGGUCAAAGAAGGAGUCCCGAGUGUUUUAACGGUUGCCUUGCGGAUGGUUGUGAUUUUUACAAAGCUGCUUGUGUUGGCUUGCAAGCUAGGGUGGCUCUCAAAAAUCUUAGAAAGUGUGGUUUGGGGGCUUUUUAAAAUUAAAUUCUAUCAUUGUCUAUCUUAAUGUUUAUUGCCUCCUCAAUAAGACUCUUCCUUUUGGACUUUGAUAUCGCUGCAUUUAGAUAAGAGAAAUAGUUGAAGUGUUGACAAUGCAAAUAUUAAUUUCCUGCUGUUCUGAUCCCGUUAGUAUUAUCGGAGGCCCUUCCCCUAAAUCACAGGUCAGGGUGUCCUGCUCGGAAGAUUUAGUUUUCUUUUUGUCCUUUUGACUGAAACUGUUGCCAUUUUCAAAGGACCUCUUCAGGGCGUUUGGAAUCCUUCCGCCUCCUUUUCCCAGUGAUCGAGCAUUUAGUCUGUGGCUUAAUUAAGCGUCAACACAUUUUGUAGUGGAUUUUUUAAAUUACCAAGUCUGUGUGUGUGUGUAUAUAGUAAAUUAUUGAGGAAAUGUGCAAUUAAAAAUGGGCACUGUCCAUUUAGAUAAUUGUUUUUCUCUCCUUUCUAUGUUUUGUAAUAGCCCUUCUCUAGAUUCUCUAUAUCUCUGCUGUAGGCCUCUGGCCCAGGUGCCUCUGCCCCAUAAAACAUUGACUCUGUCUGUUCUCCUGUUUUAUUUCUUUUGGUGAAAUGAAAGUUUUUAACCACAAAAAUUUACAAGAUUCUUCCAAACAAAAUCAAACAGACAUUUGUCCUAAAGAAUCACCUGGCCAAUGAAGAGUCAUGUUUCCCAUCCCCUAAAGCGGCGGAGUCCCUGGUUCUUUGAUUACUGAAUCCUUGUGGAUAUUUGGCAGUGCAAGUGUAACCAAAAUUGUGUGCCCGCUUCAGAUGAACUGACUCAAAUAAAGCUUUCUGACUUCAAAUCU